AGCACAGAGGCAAAUACAGGAUGAGAAGUUUCCGACUUGCUUAAAAAGAACACAAAGCUGAGAUUUAUUACUGAUCAAAGUCAUGGCAUGGAAGCAGGAUUAUGCCUUUUACCUAGCUCUCAUUCUCCUUACCAAGGAACUAUCUGGAGACGUGUGUCGGUAUGGGGCAGGAGUAACAUAUCGAGGGAAAACUGGUGUCACAAAAAGGAACAUAACUUGUCAAAAUUGGGACAGUAAUUACCCUCACAUCACCAAUUACUCAUCAAGCUUGAACCCACAAGAAGGACUAGAAAACAACUUCUGCAGAAAUCCAAACCGAGAUCCAGCAGGACCCUGGUGUUACACGUCCAGUCCUGCAGUUCGAUGGGAAUAUUGCAAUAUUCCAAUGUGUGGCUGUAGGGACUGGGAGGUCCAGAAUGGAAGAAUUUGUAUGUGUAAAACUCCGGAAGAAUGUGGAUUUUCUGGACCAGCUGUAUGUGACAGUGAUGGCCAACAUUAUCCCAAUUACUGUGCUUUUGCUGCUGUGAUAUGCCAGGAACGUAUCCCACGUACCAGGACACUUGGAUCUUGUGGUAAAUGUUCUCGUCUGAAGCUAACUCAUGGUGAAGGUGCUGAUGGAGAACAUCCAAAAUACGGUUUACUGUCUUUUGAACCUACUGUAGAAACCAGUGGCAACAGAACCAUAUUCCAGUCUUUGAGUAUGUACAAAAAUACAUUUGUUCUGCAGUAUGAUCUCCAGAUGCAUAGAUGGAUCAUAGGGCAAUUGUCUGAAAAUGGGCAAAUUUAUUUAGCUGCCUUCUCAUUCAGUAAUGCCAGCUGGCCACAGGACAGCCUGUCAGGCUGGUGGAUAGUUGAAAGAAGUGAAAAUGGAACUGAGAUUUGGAAAGAAGAUGUUUAUCUUCAGCUUCAUUGUUUUACAGAAAAUGCUCCUGUAGUACAACCUAGAUUUUUCUGGUUCAUAAUUGCAGCGAUAGUUGUAUCUCUAAUCACGACUACUACAUCAGUUGUACUUCACACAGUUCAGAAGCAAAAAGGAUGUCUGUGGUACCCAAGUGUCUGCACUCUAAAAGAAGAGGUAAAGAAGUUAAGAACUGAUGCUGAAACAAAGGUGAAUACAAUUGCCAACAUCAUUGGAGAUCCAAUUGAACUGAAAGCUGAAAUCCUGCUUAUUUAUCAAAAAAACUCAAACAUACAUUCCUGUCUACGCAAGAUAUCUGAGCUGACUAAAGCCUUGUCAUUGAAUCGUGACUUUAUAAAUCAACUACAAUCUCUCCCUCCUUCAAUCUCAGAGGAUAUUCAUAGGAUUAAUGUUAAUCUGAAGGCAUUCACAUCUGAUCUGGAAAGCAGAUUGGGGCAGGCAUUGAUCAACUUCAACUUACAAACUGUAUUUUCCAGUUACGAAUUUUUUACUGUAAUGUUGUCAACAACAAUAUCCACAUCAACAGCUGUUUUAGCAGGUGUUGGGGCUGUAGUAGCAGUUGCAGUUUUCAUUGUUGAUAUAGUCCACAGCAUAGAGAAGGAAAGGCAAGUAAGAGAUGAUCUUGAAAAAGCUAAAUCCAAUCUUUCAGAUUAUUUAUCAAGGCUGAAAGAAGCUGAAGACCAACUAAAAGAGUUCAGUAAACGUGUCUGUCAGACAGACAUUGAUUACUUAAGUACAGUUUUGAAGGUACUUUCAGAGAAGCUCCCAGCAGAUGCAACAUACAAAGAAAUAAAACAAUGGGAUGAACAAAUCAAGUCAACAUUCUUUAUAAACAAAGAUACAUGUCAACAUUCACGUGUCAGUCUGAGUAACUUAAAACUACUGCAGAGUAUUCAGAUAAAACUACUGGAAUUUCUUCAAGUAAAGGCACAGGAAUUGCAAAAGUCAAUAGAAUCCAAUGAACAAAUUAAGCUUCUUCAUGAAAGGAUUCUGGAAGCAGUUAAAAAACAAUACUCUGUGGCAAAAAUAGUUUCUGUGCAUUCAGAGUUAGCAACGCAGAAAAGUGCUUUGAUCCUACUGGCAGAGUUACUCCCAGAAGCUAUAUGUUACUGGGGACACGAUUUAGAAAAUAUACGGAGGAAUAAUUUUUCAAGUCCGCUGCUUGAUAUAGCUCUUUCAGAGUCUCUUAUAAAACAAUUAGUUCUAUAUGUUCAAUUUAAAUUCCCUCUUGGCACAAUUCAAAAAGUCCUGUGUGAACAAAUUAAGAUAUGUGAAUCCAAAACAGUCAUAUUAUUGGUAGCAUUAGCAAGACCUGACCUGCAGAGUUACAGUGAUCAAACACUUCCAAAGUUUCAGUGCCGAGAUUCUGUCCCAGUUCAAAGCAGAACUUACAAAUGAUGUGAAUGUCCAUCAACGGUGGAAAUGUACCAUAGAGGAUAUCUUUUUUUUAUGUGUAAGCAAAUUCCACCCCAAAAUACAGUAUAUGAAGUGACUAUAGUGUAAUGUAAUUCUGUUUAUAUCAACCAUAUGUAUUAUUUCAAAUGGAUAAUCCUCAUAUUUUUCAAUGUAUUCUAUGCUUUUCUGGGCUAUAAUUGGACCACAUGUAUGCUUUUCAUGGGAUUAAUGUAAUCCAUUAUAUAUGUUUUCUUUUGUGAUAGACUUGUUUUGUGCAAGACCUUCAAAACUGUUAUUUGCUUUUGCCUAGACAUUUAACCCACUAUUGCUGAGGCCACAUGUAUGUAUGUAAUCUUUGAAUGUAAUUUUAAUAAAGAUCACUGUAUUUAACGGUAGAAUAUUCUCUUA